AUGGCUGCUGUUCUUCAUCAGCCCAGCAAAGCGUGUACGUCUGCCAGCUGUUGUUCGCCUUCUCGUUUGUGGCGAUCAAUUCAAACCAUGGUGACUACAGACGCUAAAAAUGAAUUUUCGCGACUUUGUCAUGACCGUCCAACCCACGUCCUGCAAGUGUUGCUGUCGUCGAGAAUCCCCAAUGAUCCAUCGCAAUAUCCGGCUUCGCACAAAUACCGGGUCAUUCAGUUCGAUUCAGCCGUCCGCACAGACGCUGUACGCAAGUUCGGCAAAUCAGUAACAGAUCUCAAUGCCGUACAACUUGCCCUUUUCCAGCGACGUGAAACCAUGGCUUGUUUGAUCCUUUCUUUUAUCCGCCAACACGCCACACCCCCCGAAUUGAAAACGUUUGUGAACCACGUUUGGGGUUAUCGCAACACCAGUCUUCAUCUUGCUUGCUUCUGGGGUAUGCCGCGACUUGUACGACUUCUUCUCGCUUGUGGAGCAGACGCUUCCAUACGCAACUCCCGACAAUUCGGACCCCAACAGUGUGGUACCAAUCCCGAAUGUUUAACACUCCUCCAACGCCAUCUCAAACCACUUCCACCUACCGCUCCCACUACCGCCCCCAAGACCACCGAAAAGCACAGACCUACGGUGCUAAAACUUGUCAACGACAACAACACCGCACCUUUGCACUUAAUCAAAGAUCAGAGAACCAACACCAAGGUCGAAAAAAAAAUGCCAGAAAAAAUCAACCCCAACCGCGGUUCCCUUGACAACAGCAGUAACACCGACAUCACGUUGUUGGACACCGCCACCACUUCCCCUCGCAGUGACAACGAUCAUGCCGUCGAAGAACCCAAACGUUUGUUGAAACGACCUUCGUUGCUGUUGAAAAAAGCCGUCAAUAAAGUCGCGGAGCAUGCCCUGACCAUGCCUUAUCCUGACCCGACCCCCAUGACUGCCACCGACAUGCGGUUGUCGGAGGAAUACUUCACCGCCAUGCAAACGCAUACCCUCAAAAAACGGCCUUCCAUCACACGUGAAGAAGGCGAAUCGUUCCCGUACCUUGUCAGUCCUCCCCCGACUCCCGUACGUGCCACGCUUUCGUCCAUGUCGUUUUCAUCCUCGACCUCUUCCUCCUCCUCGUUCUCGUCGUUCUCUUCCAUCGAUGACCCCACUGGAAAACACGGAAACCGAGCCGACGAUCUUUGUUGGACCCCGCCCCCACCUUCACCGCACUCGGAUGACGAACCCUUGUAUGGGACCACCUGGCACCAGUUGGCCGAGCCCCGCUUCACUCCACCGACCACACCACCUUCGCCUGUUCCACUGCGACCGGCAUGCUUUCCAACCAUGCGUAUCAAAGUCAAGACGGUCCGUCAGGUCCGUUUCGAUCCCCAAAUUGUCCUGAUCGAUGCAUGUGUUCGCGGUGAUCUGGUGGAAAUAUCGCAGUUGAUCUCCAAUGCAUCGACCACGAUGGGCUUGACCGGGACGCAAAAUCGAUCGCUUCUUCAUUUGGCGUUGAUGCACGGUCAAGAAGAAGUGGCCAAAUAUCUCGUGACUCAAGCCAAUAUUGAUGUCAACCAUCAAGACAAUGACGGUUGGACCGCAUUGCAUUAUGCAGCUGCUCUUGGUUUAUGGCGAUCCGUCGAAUUUUUGGCCUCGCUGCACGACAUCGACCUGCAUGCACGGACCAACCACGGACUAUUGAUUCAAGAUUGCCCGGAAUCCGACAUGGAUCAAAGACGUUGUCGACUCAUGAUCGAGCGGGCUAUUCGUCGACAUGCCAAAGUCAAGUCAACGUGUACAUAA